UUGACUUGGCGCAGUAGGAAAAGAUUCUUGAUUCAAUAUCAAGCAGAGAUGAUAAUUGUACAGCUAGGCCUCAAGAAUCUCUGAGCUUUUCCUUUCACCAUGUCCACUGAAUUCGCAGAUUUUGCCCAGCAGAGAUGGAGAUACGAUGUGUUCCUCAGCUUCAGAGGUGAGGACACUCGCAGGAACUUUACCAGCCACCUCUAUUACUCCCUGAAAGAAAACGGUGUCAACGUAUUCAUGGAUGACACCAAACUUCCCAGAGGAGAGGACGUAUCAUCCCAACUCACAGAGGCCAUCAGGAGCUCUAGGAUGUCCGUGAUCGUCUUCUCAGGAAGCUAUGCCAGUUCAAGAUGGUGUCUCCAGGAACUAGUGGAGAUAUUGGAAUGCAUGAACUCCAUUGGGCAGAUAGUUCUUCCUGUAUUUUAUGACAUCGAUCCUUCCAACGUGAGAAGACAGUCCGGGAGUUUUGAGAAAGCAUUUAUGGAGCAUGAAUCGAAGGCUGCGUCAGACGAGGAAAAGGAGGUUGUUGCUCGAUGGAGGGCUGCUUUGACUGAAGCCGGAAAAUUAUCAGGCUGGGAUAUGACAAAUUUGGCAAAUGGGAAGGAGGCAAAAAUUGUCAGAGAUAUUGCUUGCCGAAUUUGGAACGAAUUGAAGAAUACACUUCUAGAUGUCGCAAUAUACCCAGUCGGGCUCGAUCCUCGUCUAGAUCUUAUAAGUGAAAGGCUCCAUCUCGGCUCUAGAGGUGUUCUGUUUGUUGGAAUCAGCGGGAUUGGAGGAAUUGGUAAGACCACUCUAGCCAAAGCGGUAUAUAACCAGCUCUUUCGCAACUUCGAGGCUGCAAGUUUUAUUGCCAAUGCCAGAGAAAUUAGUUGCAAGCAACCUAAUGGUCUAGUUCUUUUACAAGAGCAGCUUCUCCGGGACAUUACUAAGCAAAGGAAGAUAAAGCUUGACAAUAUAUAUAGGGGAAUUAAUGUCAUCAAGGAGAGGUUGUGCAGCAGGAGGGUACUUAUUGUUCUUGAUGAUCUGAGCGAUACAGAACAACUGAGAGCACUUGCAAGAGAGCGUGAAUGGUUUGGUUCUGGCAGUAGAAUCAUCAUAACGACUAGAGACCUCGAUUUGCUGAAGGAAAUUAAGGUGGAUUAUGAAUAUAUGCUUGAGAAGCUGAAUGAUACUGAAUCUCUUCAGCUCUUCAGUUGGCAUGCCUUUAGAAACCUCCAUCCCAAAGAAGAAUACGUUAAACUAUCUAAGACCAUCAUUGAGUACUGUCAGGGGUUGCCACUAGUUCUCGAGGUGUUGGGUUCUUUGCUACUUGAUCGAAGUGUGGAGGAAUGGAGAAGUGCACUUGCCAAACUGAAAAGAGCUCCCCCUGCUCGUGUACAAAGUCAACUCAAAUUAAGUUUUGAUGCUCUCAGUGAUGACAAUGAGAAGGAUUUAUUCCUCGAUAUUGCUUGCUUCUUUGUCGGUCAUGAUAAAGAUUACGUUAUCAAGAUUUUGAACGGCUGCAGUUUAAGUGCAGAAAUAGGACUAAGUAUCCUCAUUAACAGGUGUCUUGUGAAAAUUAACAGAGGGAAUCAAUUGGAGAUGCAUGAUUUGAUUCGGGACAUGGGAAGAGAAAUUGUAUGCAAAGAAUCUCCCAGGAAUCCUGGAAAUCGUAGCAGGUUAUGGUCUCAGAGCGAUGUCCUCACCACUCUACAAAACCAUCUAGGAACCCAUCAAGUUGAAGGACUUAAACUGGAUUCGCCAGUCUUUAGUGAAGUACAGAUAGGUACAGAAGCUUUAGCGAAGAUGAGCCGAUUGAGACUACUCUGGCUAGACUGCUUACAUGUUCAUGGGGACUACGGGCUUCUACCUAAAGAGCUGAGAUGGUUGCGCUGGCAUAGAUUUCCUUUGAACUUCAUACCAGAUGGAUUCUAUAUGGGAAACCUGGUUGGUAUUGAUAUGCAAUAUAGCAAACUACAAGCAACUUGGAAAGCCACAAAACUCUUAAGGAACUUGAAGGUCCUUAAUCUCAGUCACUCACCCUUCUUGACAAAGACCCCUGACUUCUCAAAUCUUCCUAGUCUUGAAGAACUUAUUCUCGAGGACUGUUCUGAGCUGAAGUCUGUUGACCAAUCAAUCGGAUAUCUCAAGAGACUUGUUGCAGUGAAUCUGCGAGACUGCAGAAAGCUCCGAUGUCUUCCUGGUAGCAUCUGUAGGGUGAAGUCCCUCCAAACCCUAGACAUCUCUGGUUGUUCGAGUAUAGACAGAUUACCAGAUGACCUUGGAGAUUUGUACUCUUUGUCAGUGCUUUUUGCUGAUGAAACGGCUAUAACACAACUUCCUCCGAGCAUGGUAAGCUUGAAGAAACUGAAAUUGUUGUCACUCAGUGGCUGUGAUAAGAUGUCGACCUCUGGCCCCGUUUCUUCACUCGUUUGGUCAUGGAUAUCAGAAAGAAAAGUGCCCAACCGAAGCAACCAGCUGACCACUACAUUAUCAGGCUUAAUCUCGUUAACCGAGCUAAGUUUAAGGGACUGCAAUCUUUCAGAUGAUGCUAUUCCAGAGCAAUUUGGGAGCUUGCGAUCCCUUAGUUCUUUGGACCUCAGUCGAAACGAUUUUUCUCGCUUACCAGCUGCCAUCAGUCGUCUUCCUAAGCUCUUGAGCAUUAAUAUGGAAAGUUGCACUAAGCUUGCAUUCAUUCCAGAUAUGCCCCUGAGUUUGAGCAUUCUAAAUGCAAAUAAUUGCAUAUCUCUAGAGAGAAUAUCUCUGUCAACAUGUCGUAAUACAGAGAUGUUGGGUCUCAUGAAUUGCUCCAAGCUGGUGGAGAUUUUUGGCUUAGAUAGCUGGAAAGCAGGUGGAUCAAUAAGAUUCGAUGGUUGCAAGAAUCUGUCAACCGAGUUUAAAGAGUUUCUCGUGAAGAACUGGGAGGGAGGCCGGUUCGUUAUACCAGGGAGCGACAUCCCGGAGUGGUUCCAGUAUCAAAGUGUCAGUCCUUCGAUAUCUUUCCAAUUGCCUCCUUGCAAUGAUUGUAAGCUGAAACUGAUCACCCUUGGCAUUGUGUACACACCCAACACUGGUCCCACACUGGAUGUAGAGUGCCCCUCAUUUACUCUCACUGAUAAGGCCAGCAAACUGAACCUGACUGAUUACCUUGAAAGGGUGUUCCCUGAAUGUCCACUCCCAUCUGAAGAUCACACUUUCAUGUUUCACUUGACACCCUCUGAUAUCAUGGGAGUCUCGGGUCGCAGGUACACUAAGGUCCAGCUGGAUCUUGACUGUGAUACUCGUUGGACUAUUAAGGCCAUCGGAGUCCAUUUACAGAUUAGUGUCUGUCCAAGAUGUCAGUUAUCUCACACGGGGAAUUCAGUGGCUGGAAGCAGCAGCCUAAUAACAACUCAGGAAAUGAUGCGAUGUGGUCAUCUGGAUGCUACUGCUGCAAUCAGUGAUGUCAGAGCAGGUCCCGUUGAUUGCCCUUUCAAGGAGAGCCCAGAACAUAAAAAGAUGCGGUACGAGCUCCCUUGAGAAAGGGAUAUAAAGGCAAUGGGGUGAGUGCUGUUCAGUAUAGCAGAUUCACCCAGACUUAAAGGCAAUAGAGUUCGUGCUGCCGAUCGUGAUCUUGAGAACCUUCCAUCCCCAAGUGUGAUCCUAGGUCUCCUGGAGAUAAUCCUAUCUUUUAUUUUGCAGUACCCAAAACAAUCUUUCGGAAUUCUUUUUGUAUUUUUAUUUCUAUCUUUUAUUGUUCAACCCCCAGUUCUGUUUGUAUGGUAUGUAGUGUUAUGGCCGAGAUAUUCUUAAGUGACUUUAUCUUAUAAUAAGAUGGCGAAGAAGAACAACAAAAUAACU